AGCUUUGUCCCUGCUGAUCACAUUUAAUCUUCGAGAUAUCGUUCAGACAACUCGAACAGCUUUUUAGCUCUUCGUCUUCUGUUCUGUCGUCGAUGUUUUAGUCAGUUGCUGUAUGGUUACUCUGUUAAACUAACGUUAGUUGGUUGUCUCACUUAAACUAGUCUUUCAGUUGCGCAGCUUCGUCAGACAUACGUGUUUUUAAUCUAAACUGCAGAGUUUAUGAUUAAGUGAGCGAGAAGGGAUUUUAAAACUAUGAUCCACUUCUUGACUGAACUCAGACUCAUCACAGCCACGUAACGUUUCUUCUCCAGCCUGGAGAUGACGGUUCCGGUGGUUCCUUGAGAGAGUCUGAUCUACCUGACCUGGGUCUGAUCUAGCUGUGUGUGGGGGUUGCUAAUGAUCAUCCAGGGGGUCGUGAUGUGUCUGGUGUGGCUUUACAUUUGAGCUGAUUAGUGGCACUUUUGGACUGGCGUGUUGGCAUCGGCAAUGAGGCCACUCGUAUCGGAAGUCCUAGAUAUUUAGCUGGAUAGACCGAGAUGAUUUUUGCAUGUUUAUUUAGGUAGAAAGCUGUCGUUUUGAUGGACUAGCUCAUCGGACUGUUGUGUUUUAGCAUACAGCGGUUUGUAGAUCAAUAGUAUUGAUCCUAACAGCUCAAAUCAUUCAUAUCCGAAUGGCUGUACGCCAGAUCGAUACCUAACAAUGUCUACGGGACGAGUUUUAAAGUCAAAACAAAGAUCUGAAGACGGAAGACGGGCGGCAGGCAUGCUGGAGGGGAUCGCCGUGUCUGUGACCAACAUGAAGCCUGACAGAGCGGGUGUGAUUACAUCAGUUCCUGUGCGGCUGGGAUCUUUAAUGACGACCACCGAGGUUCUGUGCUGGAAGCAGAACUACGAAACAGCUGAAGAGUUUUUUGAGUAUGAUGCUGAGGAAUUUCUGGUGUUCCUGACACUCCUGAUCACUGAGGGACGGACUCCGGAAUGCUCCGUAAAGGGCCGGACCGAAGGGGUUCACUGCCCACCCGCUCAGUCAGCUAUGCCUGUCCUCACCAAACACGAAUGCAGCGACAAAAUACCACAGUGUCGUCAGGCAAGGAGAACAAGAUCAGAGGUCAUGCUACUAUGGCGCAAUCACAUCCCCAUCAUGAUUGAGGUGAUGCUGCUUCCUGACUGUUGCUAUAGCGAUGAAGGCCCAACCGCUGAUGGCACGGACCUUAACGAUCCAGCAAUAAAGCAAGAUGCUCUCUUACUAGAGAGAUGGACCUUACAGCCAGUUCCGAGACAGAGUGGAGAUCGAUUCAUUGAGGAGAAAACCCUGCUUUUGGCCGUGCGUUCGUAUGUGUUUUUCUCGCAGCUCAGCGCGUGGCUCAGUGCUUCUCAUGGACUUGUACCCAGAAACAUCCUUUACAGAAUAAGUGCAGCUGAUGAGGAACUGAUAUGGAACUUCUCCCAGACGCCCUCUGAACAUGCGUUCCCCAUCCCAAAUGUGUCCCACAGUGUCGCUCUGAAAGUGCGAGUUCAAUCCUUGCCCCGCCAGCCCAAGUACCCCAUACUCAAAUGUAGCAUCCACUCAGGUUUAGCUUUCCUGGGCAAGAAAGGCCUUAAGCGAGGCGAAGAAAGCACCCAUGCUGGGGACAAACGCAGUUCCCUCCGUCUGCCAGGGUCUCCACUCCUUUCCAGGCCUCUACGCCCAUCUCCACCUCCCCACAGCCCUCUUAACUCCCGUAAAUGUCCCCCUCGCCCCGAGUCUCCACUUCCGCCAGGUAAAGCCGUCAGGUGGUUGUAUUCUCGGCUGAAUGGCGGUGUGGAUCCUGCCCCAGCAGAGGUCUACAACGCUUGCACUACUAGGGCAGAGAGCCCAAAGACAUCAAGAGUGGAGUCUCCAGUUCGUUCUUUUAAAACACUGUCUCUUACCGACCCUUUAAUGACCCCUAGCCUGAGUCCCAACUCCAUCUCAGGUGAAACCAACCCACUUAUUGGCUCCCUGCUUCAGGAGAGACAGGAAGUCAUUGCUCGCAUUGCACAGCGGCUUAAUUUCUGUGACCCUACAGCUCCCCAUCUUCCUGAUGCUCUUUUAAUGCCACAUGAACCGCAAGGACACAAAACAUCCUGGAGCUCGUCACAAGACAAGGAUUGUUUGAAGAAAUCCAAAGAGUCCUUCCUCCCUGUCCCCCCACCUUCAUCUUACAACGGAAACAGCCCAGAAAACCCAGAGAGGAGCCGGUCUUCUCUCUUUGAAACCCCCUUGAGCCCCAGAAGCAGAACCCAGCUAGACCGAGUGGACAGCGAACCAAAAACCUCCCCGAAAUUGUCGGCCUGCAGGCGUUUGGUUCUUAGUGACCAGUCUGCUGAAGGUUCCCUGAUCGCAGAUGCAGUUCAGGACAUCUCGAGAUUGAUUCAGGAGCGACUGCAACAUUCCUACACUCUCCUGAAUGCCACCUAUAAGUUUAAGACCUCUCAAACCGAACAGAUAGGCGCAAACCAUGGCGCCCAAACCAAUGGCUUUGUGUCACCACCAAGCCAUAAGAAGUCCUCGGACCUAACCAAUGGUGCGGCAAGUGCAGAGCCACGUAUUUCUCAAGCAACAAAAUGCUGCAAAUCUUCUGACUCUAGACAAAGCCAGCAAGACUGUUUCAAUAGACCGCAAAAUGUGGCCAGCUCAAAACUUGAAGACCACAGCGUCAAAAAAUCACAUCCGUUAACGACAAAUAAUCACCAACAGAAUGCCAAAAAAGACUCCAGUACUUCUUUAAAAAACAACUUUAGCCACAAGAGGUCUCCUCAGGAGAACGGGCUGACUCUGACUGGAUACCUUGAGCCCUUCAAGACUAAGAGAGGGCCAGAGAAGCAUGUCCAGGAUAGGUCCACCUGUUUGGAGAAGGAUGAGAACCAAGAACCCAGGGUGUCCUCUUCUUGCACACCAGCCAACCUUACCCACAACACCCCGAGUCCUGUCACUACCCAAAACAUCCAUACGCGAUGUCCCCCCUCUCCUCCAAAGCCAUGCGGUAAUUGGAAAAAGCAGAAUCGCCACUCCAUAGACGGCACCGCAACGAAAGCCUUUCACCCCUGUACAGGCCUACCUCUCCUCUCCAGCCCUGUUCCUCAACGAAAAAGUCAGACAGGAUAUUUUGAUUUAGAUACGUCUCUCGUUAAUUGCAAAGGUGUGCCGUGGGCUGCCAAUAAGAGGGUUUUGAAAAGAUCACAAGACUGUGAUGAGUCUCAGCAGCAGAUCCUCAGUGCCAGCGCUCCACCCGCCAACCUCAGCCUUUUAGGAAACUUUGAGGAAUGUGUUCUCAACUAUCGUUUGGAGCCGUUGGGUACUGUCGAGGGAUUCACAGCUGAAGUGGGCGCCAGUGGAACCUUCUGCCCCAGUCACAUGACUUUACCUGUGGACGUGUUAUUUUACAGCGUCUCUGAUGAUAAUGCACCUUCACCCUACAUGGGUGUCAUAAACUUGGAGACUCUCGGUAAGAGGGGAUAUCGAGUACCUCCUUCAGGAACCAUUCAAGUGACCUUAUUCAAUCCCAAUAAGACAGUGGUGAAGAUGUUUGUGGUAAUGUACGAUCUGAGGGAAAUGCCCGCCGGCCAUCAGACAUUCCUGCGCCAGAGAACCUUCUCGGUCCCAGUCAAACGCGAGGUCAACGGACAGAGCAACAAAAAGCCUCUCGGCCAAGGACGAACCCUCCGCUACCUCGUCCACCUAAGGUUCCAGAGCUCCAAAUCUGGAAAGAUCUACCUCCAUCGGGACAUCCGGCUCCUUUUCUCCCGUAAAUCCAUGGAAGUUGACAGUGGUGCUGCCUACGAGCUCAAGUCUUUCACCGAAUCACCUGCCGACCCCCCUUUCUCUCCCAGAUGUUAAUCUAAUCUAGUCUUUCCUGAUCUUAAUCCAGCAUACGGGCCUUAAUAAAUCAAAAUCUUUCAUUUGCUUCUACUGGAAUUAAAAAUAGAGAAGCCCACUAACUCGCACAUGCACAGAGCUAUUAACACGAAUGACCCUUUCCUCAAAAAACACGUCGAAUCAUAAGUGUAAAUGUUAUUAGGUUUAAAAUCACAGAUGAUUGACAAUAUUUUUUUAGUUUCAGGCUGAUUUCUAGACAUUCAGCACGGUCUGAGAAAACACGAUAAAGGGUACCUACAUCCACGGACCAUUUUAUAAACAAAUAAUAAGCUGGAAGGGUGUUUAUAAAGAGCACUGUGUUUUUCCACCUCAACUGGAAUGAACUGACUUUUUUGUUCAUUGAUUUCUUUCUUUGUACUGUUACCAAACCACUUUAAUCGGAAGUGUUGCAAUAGAAAUACAAAUAUAUAUAUAUCUUACUAGCUUAGUGUUUACAUAUUUACUUUGUCAUCAGUUAUUUAAUAUUUAAACUGAAUUUUCAUUUACUGCACAUGUGAUGCCUGUUGUGCAAACCAUUAUGAUGUAGUGAAAAGUAAGAUUCAAUCAUACCAUGUAUUUUUGUCUUUCAAAUUCAGAUCUUAAAUAAAAGAAUUAUAUAUUAUAUCUAUAAAA